AUGGUCGGUAAACGAACUCUCCAUCCACCCAAGAAUCAGGCAGAUGACCAUUGGAGGCAGCCAGAUCUGGAGUCGGGGAACCAUAACAGACGCUUUCCUGGCUUCAAGGAUGCCGUCGAAUAUGCCUUGGAUCGCCAAACCACGGCUGUUUUGAAGGAGCAGCUGCGAGAAGGGGUGGAUAGAGGAGCAUUCGAGAAGGCCAGGAAAAGUGAUAAAGCGUUGAAGCAAAUUGAAAACAAAAAGGUCCGGAAAUUCUUCGAGAAGCAAAACGCUACGUUGAACGAUUGGGCCGAAGUGGACACCAUAGUGCUAGCCAUGGCCGACGAGGUUAUGGAGAGCAUGAACACCGACGCUGAUCACGACGGGAUUCGAGAAAGAGAAGGCAGACUGCAGCAUGCAGAUCAAAACGCGCGAUGGGCCAUCAACAUCAAUGUCAUUGCCAACAUCAUUCUCUUCGUUGACAAGGGAAUAGCCGCGCUCAAGUCCUCAUCCUUGUCGUUGAUUGCCUCUCUUGUCGAUUCGGCGCUGGAUCUGCUGUGCACAGGGAUCGUGUGGGCGACCAACAAGCUGGUCUCUUGGAGGUUGUCAGCGCUUGCGAGGAAAUUCCCAGUCGGUCGGCGGAGGCUGGAACCCAUCGGGAUCCUUGUGUUUUCCAUCAUCAUGGUUAUAUCUUUCCUUCAAAUCCUGCAAGAAUCCAUUGCGAGAUUGCUUCCGAAUGGUCUGAUCGGCUUGGGAUGUAUGAGGAUCAAGACCACACAAGUGCAAGCGCUGGCGCAGGAUUGCAAGACAGAUGUCUACUUCAAUACGCUCUCGUUGCUCUUUCCGCUGAUCGGAAAGCAGGCGGGCAUUUGGUGGCUGGAUCCUUUGGGGGCGGCACUGCUUUCCUUGUACAUUCUUUACGACUGGGCGGGUACCUGCGUCGAAAAUGUCAGCAGGCUUUGCGGUCUCGCGGUGGACGAGACGCACCAAAAGAAAUUGAUAUAUCUCGCUUAUCGGUUCAGAGCCCUGGUGUCUGGAUUCAAGUCGGUUAUUGCGUACCAUGCGGGGGAUGGCGUGUGGACAGAGUUCGAUAUUUUGUUAGAUGGAAAGACACCAUUGAGGCGCACACAUGACAUUGCUGAGACGUUGCAAUACUGUUGCGAGGCAUUGACCGAGGUUGACAGAGCCUUUGUGACCACAGACUAUUCUGCGCAAAACCCCGGUGGACAUUCUCAAAACUUGGUGUAA